AUGCUAAGAAGCCGGAGGAAAGGUGACCUAGCGUGGCCUCACCCCGUGCUUUGUACCCAAUGGCAGCUCCUCCGGAUGUGGAGAGGGGAGGCGGAGGGAGGGAGGGUUGACACUUUCCUUUCACUUUCUCAGGCCACCAAACCUGACACCUGGGGACAGAACUACAGUUCCCACGACGCCUCGAGACAGGAGGAAGAAGGGGCACGGAGGACCAAAAGGAAAACCAGGAGAAAGAGCAAACAUUACCUACUGGCAGAGGUGGCAAGAGCCAUGCAAUUCUCCAGCUCAGCCAGGGCAGCGGAUGAGAACUUUGACUAUUUGUUCAAGAUUAUCCUCAUCGGGGAUUCCAACGUGGGGAAGACGUGUGUGGUGCAGCAUUUCACAUCCGGGGUCUACACCGAGGCGCAGCAGAACACCAUUGGGGUGGACUUCACUGUGCGUGCCCUGGAGAUCAACGGCAAGAAAGUGAAGAUGCAGGUGUGGGACACUGCAGGCCAGGAGCGCUUCCGGACCAUCACCCAAAGCUACUACCGCAGCGCCCAUGCUGCCGUCAUUGCCUACGACCUCACCCGGCGGUCCACGUUUGAGUCUGUUCCUCACUGGAUUCACGAGAUAGAGAAAUACGGGGCGGCAAACUUGGUCCUCAUGCUGAUUGGGAACAAAUGUGACAUGUGGGAAAAACGGCACGUUCUGUUUGAGGAUGCCUGCACACUGGCUGAGAAAUACGGCCUCCUGGCUGUCUUGGAGACAUCUGCCAAGGAGUCCAAGAACAUCGACGAGGUCUUCGUGCUGAUGGCCAGGGAGCUGACGGCCCGCCACAGCCUGCCCUUGUAUGGGGAGGGCACCCUGGGCAGCCUCCCCCUGGAUUCCAGUCCUGUCCUCACGGCCCCGGGGCCGAGGGAGAAGAGUCAGUGCACUUGUUGA